AUGAAGUGCCAACUUUGUGAUAGCGAUGCUUAUGCACCCCACGCCCAUGCGAUAUUGUGCACCACUUGCAAACAACUUAGUCGAUCUGAUAUAUUUUCAAAAAUUCUACUUACCUUACUAGACAUCUACUCCACUCAAAAAGAUUUCGAUGCAAUAAAAGACAAAUGUGUUCAAUUCAACAAGGUUAUGAAAAACUAUCCAUUAUUUAUUACGCCUUUUUCUACAUUUGAUGUUGACGAACAUGAUACCGACCGUGUAGCACUUCACUACCUUCGGCAUUACGUCAUAUCUGAGGAUAAUAAUGUCCUCCAAAAGCAUCAUCCAGUAAAAACAGAUGCAUCUAAGAGUAACUACCUCUACAACACCAUUGCACUUCUUUGUCGAUUAGAUAUCGAUGACGGUGCGCGAGAACUACGCGUCCGAAACAUUAUUGACAUGGCACUCAACGCUGAAAUAUAUCAGACAACAGAUCCUGAUUUACAUUCUUGUUUACAAUGGGGUGAAACGUGGAAACAUUUCGUAUUAGAACAACUUCGAGAGGACCAACCAAUGAAAAGUCCCAAUGCUGUUUUAACACUCUGUCUACAUAGUCUUUCAAAUAUCAUCAAUAUGCGAAUUCGUUCUGUCUAUCCCAAUGUACCCGGUGGCAGUGACGAUCUUCGUAAACGACUCAACAGAAUAUAUUCUCCAUUGGAUGUUCAAACCAACACUUCGACAAUUCCGACGAUAACCAUACUUUGGUCAAAUACGAAACAUGUAUCAGCACAUUCGACUAGUUCGAUGUGGACACCCGAUUGUGUUGUGCCACUACUGCCAAAACCAGAGUGUUACACGAAUGAUUUACUGGUUUCACCUCGAUCAGGUUCAGCUGCAUUGCAAAAUCCUGCAGAACGUAGUUUUUAUAUUCUUUCAUGUUUUUGUCCAAUUACUCAGAGUGCAUUGAACGAAUUAGUAUCGUAUUCCGAUCAACAAAAGCAUUCCGAAGCAGAAAUGAAAAAGGAAGACACACGUGUGCCAGAAUUUCGAUGUCCAAAGUGUUCGAAAGCGUGUCAUGACUAUCGAUUUGACUGGCGAGCAGUUGCCCUGUUUCGGCAGAAUUUCAAUGGUGCACGUUUAACAUAUAUUCUCGUAGAUAUCACAUCAUCCAUGACGUUCAAUCUUUUGAAAACGAUUACAAUUGAUAAGAAAUCAACUUUAUCACGCAUCUUUCAAACCAAAGAAGCUAUCAAGCAGUUACUAAAAGAAAUAGCUGCUGCGGCCGGUCCAGUGGAUCAAGCCAUUCUGACUACGUUUGACAAAAAACUAACAAAGCCUGCCGUUAUCCCUCUAUGCAAUGCGAGUGAAAUUGCUGAUUCCGCUAAUCUAAAGCGUAUCGACGCAAUCGAACUAAGUCCACGGUCAGUUGAUACGUAUUUUUAUACGGUGUUAAACGAAGUGUAUCAAAUGUUCGAACGGCAACCGUAUUUAUAUAUUGAUCUUUAUAUAUUUUCCGAUGGAAUAGAUACAAGUCCGAAAAAGAAUGAUAAAUCAUAUCAAGCAAUUAUUCGUGGUUUGAAUCAAACAUUAGGCGCUAAAUGUCAUUUUAUGAAUUGUGGCUCGGCAACGGAAGGGUUUUCAGUGGCAGCUUGGUUAGGUGAUGCGGAUGCUGAUUGUCCACUGACAGGUGAUAUUGAGGAGAUUAAAACACAAGUCAAAACUGUGUAUAAGAGAGAUCACGCAAGAAACGUUGACUUGAAUACAACGAAAACGACAUUCCUAGGGAAAACACUUGAUGUUCCGGAGCCAACAUUAACGACCUUUAUGACUGAUGCAGAAAUACCAACCAUACGCAAGCCACGCACAAGAGAAUCAAAUAAAGAUGAGUCAAUCCUACUCAGUUCACCAAUUCGACGUUCAAAUCCGAAUUUAAAAAACAUCGAUGAUUAUCUGAACUCUCUUCCUUCUGUCACUCGAUCUCGUUCUGUCACUGCCACGGAUAAUAGAUCAAAGAGUCCCGAAAUAUUCAAGAUUAUUACACGCAAUUUGAGUGCAAAAAGACUUCACAAAGAUUAG